AUGCCGCGCUUUCCCGUCAACUUCCGCCGGAAGUCAACCACGGCGGAGGACUCUAAUACCGCACCAGCAGGGCCUUCUUUCCGCGUUCUGGAACGACCAGACUCGGGCGCUGGCAAGUCAUUCGAGCACGCGCCGAGGAUGGGCAAUGGCAAAAUUGCCAAUGCGAGCGUUGCCGAAUUGUCAAUGGAGGACAACAUCUUUGCAGGCCUAAAGAACAACCGGAGCAGUGGCGGCUCCAACACUACCAAGACAGCCUCGGACAAUUCUUCUCGACACAGCAACGCAUCGACCACGCCGUCAUCGACUGAUAACGGCGUUCCAGCAGAUGACGGAAGAGUGCCGGGACGCAAACCCGUUCCCGUGCACUUGUCAGACAGCCAAGCUCCUCCGCGCAACUCUGGCGGCUUCCUCAGAAACGCAGGCAGAACAUUCUCGUUCGGCAGUUCUAAAAAGAGUUCGCUGCCCCCCAUCCCCGCCGAAGAGCCAGUGCCCCGAAUCCCCAGCGAAUACGCAGGAUCGCCAUCCACACCAGUUGGCCGCGCCCGAGCUGAGACCGCAUCCACCAUAACCACCGCAACACCUCCGCAGGUCGAAGACCGUGACUUCAUGUUGGACCUGGGUGGCGACUUGAGCACAAUGCUCUCCAAGUUUGAUAAGCGCUCAAGUAUCAUGUCCUUGAAGGACCGCAACUUCUUGGGCGGACGCGGGAAGCAGCCUUCGCCAUUGCACCUUGAUAAAGGCGUUGCUGUUGAGCCGCCGCCGAAGUCGUGGAACAGUCAGACAUCCCACGACGGCCUGCUAGGCUCAGGGCGACUCACUUCGCCGCGAAACAUCGACUCGAUGGCGCCUCCGCCUGUUCCCAAGCACACCAUCGGCAGAGCUGCCGAGAGAGCCGAGGCCGAAGACACUUUCAUGGAAGAUAGCCUGGCUGCUCGGCAGUACCUGUCGAGUGCUUCGGCGCGGCCCCGCACACAACCUCAGGAGUCUUACAAGCCAGAAUUUGAGGCCAACGACGAGAACAUGUUCGCCACUUCCUCUGGACGCCAGAACAAACCGGCCUCCCGACUACCUCGCUCGUUCACGCAACCGCAAAUGCCAACUCAAAGCAAGGUCAUGACAAAUGAACAAUUCGAGAAGUAUAGGCAGGACAAAGUGAGGCAGGAGCGCAUGGGUGUUGCAGACAAGGAUGAGUCUGAUAAAGAAGACGACGAGAACUACGACGAUGAUGAGGACGAGGCAGAGCGCUCAGCCCAAGCCGCAAAGCAGCGACGGAAGCAGGAGGCACACAUGGCAGUUUAUCGACAACAGAUGAUGAAAGUCACCGGCGACAAUGCCGCAAGCGGUCCUCGGCCAAGUAUCCAGAUGUCCAUGAGCACACCAAACCUCGCACUCGGCGUCAACACUACGGCUCCUCCCGCGGUUACCCCCACGUCCGAUGGGUCGGAGUCAGAUGAAGAAGUACCCCUGGCGAUUCUUGCUGCACAUGGAUUCCCAAAUAAGAACCGGCCUCCCACACGUCUCACCACGGUCGGCUCGAAUCCCAACCUCCGUGCAUCCGUUGCGCCCUCAUACUCGGUCGGCGGCGGAGGGCCCGGCUCGGUCGUUGGAGAGAGUGGCCCCAAGGGUCCCUUGCCUCCCUUCGCCAGGAAACUGCCCCAAGACCCAUACCUUGGUGCUGGCCUUAUUAACCAACCGCCACGGGAGUCAUUCGCUCUGGGAGGGGGUGCGCCCCUUCGGGAACAGCAACCACGAGCUCUCCCAGUCGGUGGCUUAGUCGGAGUCAUCGCAAACGAGGAGCGCUCUCGUGCGAUGCGGCGUGGAAGCCCAGCAGCUAUGGAUCACAAGAAUAUGAUGCCCAAUGCCCUUGGCUUUGGCGGUGGCAUGGGCGGCAACAUGAACGGCGGGUUUGACCCCAUGGGCGGCAUCCCGCCUCAAAUGAUGUACCCGAUGGGAGGCAUGGGCCAGAUGCAGCCGCCCAUGCUUACACCUGGUGACCAAGCGCAGAUCCAGAUGACACAGCAGAUGCAACAAUUCAUGCAAAUGCAGAUGCAGUUUAUGCAGAUGCAGAUGAUGUCCAACCAGAACCCGGGCCAGGCCGUUGGCAAUAUGCCUCAACAACGCCCGCUGAGUCACAUGCCUCGUCAGUCGUUUUCCGGAUCUACAAUGGACAUCCAGCGCCAGUCAUUCCUUGACCCUCCUCGUGGCGAUGCGCAGAUGCGCACCAUGAGCAUGGUUCAGCCCAGUUCCGCGUCCUGGAUCCAGCCACCGCAGCCCGGCUACGCUCCUUCGAUUCGCCUCCAAGGUGGCUACACGCCCUCGAUUGCACCCUCAGAGCGAAGCAACGUCGGGCUUCCAGGCCGCUACCGGCCCGUCUCGCACAUGCCACCUGCAGAGAGAACUGAGCGGACGUCAACCAUGUCUGGCGCGCUGUCGAGCUUGCCCCAGCACCCGAUGAGAGACAACACCCCUUCACCGUUGGCGGGCAAGACGGGCGCCGACAAUGAUGACGACGAUGACGACGAACAAGGCUGGGAGGCUAUGAAGCAGAAGCGGGAGAAGAAGAAGGGUCUGUGGAGAAACAAGAAGAGCUUCGGUGCGGAGAUCUCGGCUCUAAUCAGCUAA